GGUUUUCCGUUUACAGGCGAGGUCCCGGGAGAAGGCUGCUCCCCGCGGUUGUGUGGUUGGGGUGUGGAGAGGAGCUGCUCAUGGACCGCACGCCGACCUACUCGGCUGAAACUGGGGCGUUGGCUCCCUGCUGAACGCGCCGGAGGGCAGCUCCGCUGACUUUGCGUCCCCUUUGCCGGACUAUGCCCUCGGCACAGCCGCAAGGCCGACUUCCUGGGCAACGGCCGGAGCGCGGGCGGCUGGGAGAGGGGGCGGUGAGCAGUUCCCGGCCCGGCCCUCCCCGCGGAGGCGGCCACGUCAGCGCGGCGUCGCUCGGGGCUCGCGGCCGGAUGGGGAAGGCGGCGGCGGCGGUGGCCUUUGGGGCCGAAGUGGGCGUGCGGCUCGCGCUGUUCGCGGCCUUCCUGGUGACGGAGCUGCUCCCCCCGUUCCAGAGACUCAUCCAGCCGGAGGAGAUGUGGCUCUACCGGAACCCCUACGUGGAGAGGGAGUAUUUCCCCACCAAGCCGAUGUUUGUUAUUGCAUUUCUCUCUCCACUAUCUCUGAUCUUCCUGGCCAAAUUUCUCAAGAAGGCAGACACAAGAGACAGCAGACAAGCCUGCCUGGCUGCCAGCCUUGCCCUGGCUCUGAAUGGCGUCUUUACCAACACAAUAAAGCUGAUCGUAGGGAGGCCACGCCCAGAUUUCUUCUACCGCUGCUUCCCUGAUGGGCUAGCCCAUUCUGACUUGAUGUGUACAGGGGAUAAGGACGUGGUGAAUGAGGGCCGAAAGAGCUUCCCCAGUGGACAUUCUUCCUGUAUGACUAUCAUAUGGACUCUACCCCUAUGCUUGUUUUCAUUUGCAUUUGCUGGUCUGGCCUUUGCUUCCUUCUACCUGGCAGGGAAGUUACACUGCUUCACACCACAAGGCCGUGGGAAAUCUUGGAGGUUCUGUGCCUUUCUGUCACCUCUACUUUUUGCAGCUGUGAUUGCACUGUCCCGCACAUGUGACUACAAGCAUCACUGGCAAGAUGUACUAGUUGGAUCCAUGAUUGGAAUGACAUUUGCCUAUGUCUGCUAUCGGCAGUAUUAUCCUCCUUUGACUGAUGCAGAAUGCCAUAAACCAUUUCAAGACAAACUUGCACUUUCCACUGCACAGAAGAAGCCUGGGGAUUCUUAUUGUUUUGAUAUUUAAAAAUUGAAUCUGGCUGGGCAUGGUGGCUCAUGCCUGUAAUCACAACACUUUGGGAGGCCGAGGAGGCUGGAUCACCUGAGGUCAGGAGUUCGGGACCAGAAUGGCCAACAUGGUGAAACCCUGUCUCUACUAAAAAUACAAAAAUUAGCCAGGAGUGGCGAUAUGCCUGUAAUCCCAGCUACUCAGGAGGCUGAGGUGGGAGAAUUGCUUGAACCUGAGAGGCGGAGGUUCCAGUGAGCCAAGAUCGUGCCACUGCACUCCAGCCUAGGCAACAGAGCGAGACCCCUCCCCCCCCCCAAAAAAAAUUGAAUCUACCUUAAUGGAAAACAGGUGAACUAGCCCUCCUAACUGGACCAUGCACAAGACAAGAAAUUCUGGCCUUUUUUUCCUCUUCCAAGGUGCAAGUGAGGACAUAAGCCACACUGUAUUCUGCCUCCAAACGAUUACACACUUUUGUCCCUGCUCACACAGGUCUAUCUUGAGGAGUUACGGUUCUUUUCUACUACUGUAUGCCAUACAUUCCAGUAAAAGGAUCUUUCAAAGGUGUCCAACACCUUAUAAAUCUGGUCUAUCAGAUUGAUAUCCGAAGAUCUACAGUGUUUUUACAUUUAAUUUAAAUGCCAUUCUUAGAAGGAUCUUGUCACAAAGAAGCCUUUCUAUAGCCCCAUCUUAUCUCAGAAGCUAAUUAUCAAAACUUAAUUUCCAUUUCGUAUAGCUCAAGAUCUUAAAAUCUAGGGCAUGGCCAACUAAAUUACUUUGAUUCUGUUUACCUUCUCUGAUGACAAUUCCAUCAAGCCUUAAAUAGGAAAAUGUCGAAUCUGGGGUAAUUUAUCACUUUUGUGCACGUCUUAUCUGAGUCCAGCCAUCUGGUACUACUGUACAUUUUGAACACCACGGGCAUAAACAAUUUGUUGAAUUACUAAGUGAACACAAUAAUAAAGAAGAAAAUGGUCAGGAGUGUGGUUUCAGCACUACUAACAGAUGACUGUUUCUACCUCAUUUGACCAUAACUGUGCUCGUGAGCUUCCUUCCUUACAUUCAUGACUGAAGAUCUGCUCAAAUGCACCAACAUUGCCAAGUGACUAAGGCAGAAAAGAAAAAUGACAGGUAUCAUCAUCUGAAGGACAGAUGAAUCUUUUUCUGCCUCUUCUUCACAAUGGGAUAUAAGGAACAAUUAUAGGAUGUCAUCAGAACUGAUGCCGUAGGACCUACAGCUCCCUUUCUCUUUAUUGUGAUUGUACUUUAAAUAUGACCUUGUCUUUUAUGUGUAUCUUCCUGUAUUUUUUUUUGAGACGGAGUCUCGCUCUGUCACCCAGGCUGGAGUGCAGUGGCCGGAUCUCAGCUCACUGCUAGCUCCGCCGCCCGGGUUUAGGCCAUUCUCCUGCCUCAGCCUCCC